GCGCGGGGGGAGCCAUAUCAUUGAGUCCAUGUCAGGGGGAAAAGGCGGGGUGCAAAUAAAUAUAUAAUAAUAAGUGCACGCAAAUGUGUGGCUCUGUGGACACGAGUUGGGAGCCGACAGUAGUGACCAGCUGCUGGUCCUUUUAAAGGGACAGCUCUGCCCCCAUUUUUAGGAGGGGUGCUCUAUAUGUUCCUGCCUGCUGCCUAAGGGGGCAGCCCAGGCUCAGAGCAGGAGUUAUGAUUUCUCUUGGGUCAGUCCCUGGUGUUGAAGCAGCUGCAGCUGCCGCCGCCUCCCAUGGAGUCGCUGGUGCAAGGUGCUGGAGAAAAAGCCGCUGGGGGCCGCACAACUGCAGCGUGGAGGACCUGCGGGCAUGGAGGAGAGAGUGCGAGUCAGCUCUACGGAGUGCACGGAGGCAUCAGCAGUUGAUCAGCAAGCGGCUUUUAUGUGAAGACACCUUGAUGAAUGAAGGGCAGGUUGGAACGGACAGUGGGGCAGCAGCUCCUUUCUCUGAAGAAGAGCAGAUUUCACAGCUGCUGAAAAACAUCCAAAGAGGAAAAGAAGACAGGGCAACGUCUCUGCGUCUCCUUCGACAAGGACUACAGCACAAAGAAAACCAGCAGAAAUUUAUCAGGCUGGAGGGCAGUAUGCGUGUGCUGAUUGGUCUCUUCACUGGCAAUCUGGCAGAUCUGCAGAUGGAUGCAGCUCGGUGUUUACAUGAACUCUCCCACUCCAGUGACCCUGAUGUGGUUGAGGCGUGUUUACCAGCAACCUCCUACCUCUUGACGUACCUCUCUGGACACAGUGUAGCCCUUAUGGAGCUGUGUUUGUACACAUUGGGGAACUUGGUGGUUGAGAUGACGGCUGUGAAGAAACAACUUCUACCUCAGGGCAUUAUCCCAGUAUUGGCAUCCUGCAUCCAGUCCCCCCAUUUGGUGGUGCGGGAAGGUGUUGGCUACGUUCUGUCACAGCUCUUGCAGUCUAAGGAAGCUCCAGCUGAAAUCAUACCUUUGGUCCUAAAUUCCACCCUCCCCAAAGACAUGCUUCACUUGGUUUGUUCCAACCUGGAAGAAGGACUAGGAGCUGCAGUGGAAUUUGCAUGGGGUCUUCACUACAUUAUUUGUAGCCGGGUGAACAACUCACUGCUGAUCUCUCAAAGGACUGUGCCAUCCCUUGUGCAGCUGUUGCUAGAACUGGCUUCUGUGAUGUCAACAACUUCAGUUGAGGGUGUAGAACUGUUGAUUUGUCCUGUGGUGCGGUGUGUCGCCAAUCUUCUUGCAGAAGAUGAAGUGGCCGUUGGUGAACUCGUGGAACAGGAAGAGAGGCUUCUAAGGGCCUUGUUUGAAUUCAUACAGUACUUUGUCUCCGAACACCUCUUCAUUGCCCAGGAGUGUCUGUGGCUCAUCAACAACCUGACAGCGGACAGCAUCAGAUCAUGCUCUGCUUUGCUCAACCCAGACCUCUUUCCAUCUCUACUGAAUCUCUUGUGCUACGAGAAGCUGAGCUUGCUGGUUCUGACAGUGCUGUGCAACAUAGCUGCUAAGGGCUCUGCCUACUGCCAGGCCCUGCAUCAGAAGGCUGUACUCUUCCCCCUCAUCAGCAUCCUUGCCCUUCCUGAUGACCAAGUGGUGGCUCAAGAUCUUGAACUACUGCAUCUCCUCUUCCAUCACUGGCCAGAGGCUGCCACUGAUUUUGUAGGUCAGUCAGGACUACAGGCCCUAGAGCAGCAUCAGGAUAAACUACAGCUGCAAGAACGGGUCAAAGUGCUCAUUUGGACUGCCAGCCAGCUGACUGCUCUCCCCCAGAAUUGUCCCCUUCGUGCUUCAGCUGAAAAUCUACAGACUACUUCCUUACAAAGUUGAUAGUGAUACAUACAAAGCAUCCAUGCUGGCUUGUUGCUAACAAGCCUGUGAACAGAACACUUUCUUGUUUUUCUGAAGGGUGGUAAAAGUAAAUAUCCCUGGCACUUCUAGAGAAGCCUUA